AUGGCGGCAAGGCAGGAAGAAAUUACCCUGCACAUAUUUGAUGAUGAAAGUAAACAAACUUCAUACCACCCUAAAGGAGGAUUUAAAGGACAAGUUACUCAAAAAGAAAUGCUUGUAGGAAAGCAGUUUUACGUAAUGUUUAACAGUAGUUCUGUCCUAUCAACAGGCGCAUUCGAUUUGUUUUACUCGUUAAUACAAAGUGACUCAUGUGAGUUGAAUAGAAGAGAUCCAUGUACCGAUGUUGAGUGUAACGGAGCAGCUUGUACAAACGGAGUUUGUGAAUGCCCAGAAGGGUAUUCAGGCACAAUGUGUGAAAGUUUAAUUGAUCCAUGUUCAACAUUAGAGUGUCCCUCACCGUCUACCUGUUGGAAUCCAGACUACCCUUUCAUACAACCAACCUGUGUGUGUCCAGACUACAAAGUUAGAUCAGAUUCUGGCUGUAAAGAGCUAUCUUAUGAUUUUGACCUGUUCAUAAACAGUGAACUACAGAAUACUCAAGUGAAUCUGCCAGAAUCGGAAUAUAUUUAUAUCGAUAUGACAAAAGGAUUAACAAUUAUUCUGUGGGUGGCCUGUUUAGAUGUAAAUAUACACAAAGAAAUCUUCUAUCUUCGGGGUGUGAAUGGAGAAAAGGUUGUAACUUUGACUUCGACAUAUUUCAAUGUUCAAUCUUCUCCGAGUUUAGAUUUGAACGAUUUUCGUUUAGACAAUAAGCAAUGGAAUCAUAUUGCUAUCGCAGUCUCAUCCACUGGUAGAGUAGAGAUUAUUGUAAAUUACAGGGAACUGGAAGAACACGACAUUGCAUUGGGUCAAAGUCAUGGGUACGUGAGAAUUGGGCAUGACUUUGUUGGUUAUAUUUCUCGACUGAGAUUAUGGAAUCGUUUUUUGUUUCACUCAGAAAUAACCUCAACUAUUAACGACCCUGAUGACAUAUCGAAUACUGAUUUAAUAUUUAACUGGAAAGACAUUCCAAGCAGUAGAUACCAAACUAGGAUUUUUCCCAGCAGAUUACAGGAUACAAGCAAGCCAAUCUAUCUGUGUGAAAAUAGAGUUUAUCAUGAAGCAUGUGAGAUAAAGAUUAUUAAGAUGAAUAAAACAGAAUUGGAUUUUUGUCCAGAAAGAGAAUUUGAAGUGUUUGAAAUACCAAUAGAUGAACGGUCUGUUGAUAUAACCCCAAUUAUCACAGAAUAUCCAAAUAUAUUGAAAGUACCAGGAACACAUGAAGGUAAAUUUCCAUUAGGAACGCAUGAUCUUGUAAUUUUGUUCGAAGAAGAGGCUGAUGAACAUUUUAUUUGCAUUAUAAGAAUUGUUGUAACACACCAAACAUUAGUCAUAAUUAGGCAUGCGAAAAUGGAGGGCGAACGAGAAUUUCCAACAUUAGCGGCCAUAUGCUGCAAUGUCGUUACUACACCAAGCAAAUGUCUCAAGCGGAUUUGA